GCGGCCAUGGAGGUGGCGCCGGAGCAGCCGCGCUGGAUGGCGCACCCCGCGGUGCUGAACGCGCAGCACCCCGACUCGCACCACCCGGGGCUGGCGCACAACUACAUGGAGCCCGCGCCGCUGCUGCCCCCCGACGAGGUGGACGUCUUCUUCAACCACCUGGACUCGCCCAGCAGCCCCUACUACGCCAACCCGGCCCACGCCCGCGCGCGCGUCUCCUACGGCCCCGCGCACGCGCGUCUCACUGGAGGUCAGAUGUGCCGGCCGCACUUGCUGCACAGCCCGGGCUUGCCCUGGCUGGAUGGGGGCAAAGCCGCCCUGUCCGCUGCACACCACCACAACCCCUGGACCGUGAGCCCCUUCUCCAAGACGCUGCACCCGUCGGCGGCGGGAGGGCCGGCGGGGCCCGGAGGGCCGCUCUCUGUGUACCCGGCGGCAGGCGGGAGCGGAGGAGGCAGCGGGGCCUCCGUGGCCUCCCUCACCCCCGCGGCGGCGCACGCGGGCUCCCACCUUUUCGGCUUCCCACCCACACCUCCCAAAGAGGUGUCUCCAGACCCCAGCGCAGGGGCCGCCUCCCCAGCCCCCACUUCUGCGGGGGGCAGCGCGGCCCGGGCUGAGGACAAGGACGCUGUCAAGUACCAAGUGUCCCUGCCCGAGAGCAUGAAGAUAGAAGGAGGCAGUCCCCUGCGCCCAGGCCUGACCACCAUGGGGGCCCAGCCCGCCACUCACCACCCCAUCCCCACCUACCCGUCCUACGUGCCGGCGGCCGCGCACGAGUACGGUGGCGGCCUCUUCCACCCAGGAGGCUUCCUGGGCGGCCCGGCCUCCAGCUUCACCCCGAAGCCGCGCAGCAAGGCCCGCUCCUGCUCAGAGGGCCGGGAGUGCGUCAACUGUGGGGCCACAGCCACCCCGCUGUGGCGGAGGGACGGCACCGGCCACUACCUGUGCAACGCCUGCGGGCUCUACCACAAGAUGAACGGGCAGAACCGGCCUCUGAUCAAGCCCAAGCGGAGACUGUCGGCAGCCAGGAGAGCGGGCACCUGCUGUGCGAAUUGUCAGACCACCACCACCACUUUAUGGCGCCGGAAUGCCAACGGGGACCCGGUCUGUAACGCCUGUGGUCUCUACUACAAGCUGCACAACGUUAACAGGCCGCUGACCAUGAAGAAGGAAGGGAUUCAGACUCGGAACCGGAAGAUGUCCAACAAGUCCAAGAAGAGCAAGAAGGGGACUGAGUGCUUCGAGGAGCUGUCCAGGUGUGUGCAGGAGAAAUCCUCGCCCUUCAGCACAGCUGCCCUGGCGGGACACAUGGCGCCCGUGGGCCAUCUCCCACCCUUCAGCCACUCCGGACACAUCCUGCCCACCCCGACGCCCAUCCAUCCCUCCUCCAGCCUCUCCUUUGCCCACCCUCACCCAACCAGCAUGGUGACUGCCAUGGGCUAGGGACAGAGGUCGUGGCAGGGGCCGAGCGGGAGUCAGGCCAUGCACGCCUCUGCUGCCCACCCUUCCCCAGAGCCUGCGCGGCUCCCGAGGCUCAGCCGGAGCCCAGAGCCUCGCUGUACCCGAGGGCUCCCUUGGCCUCCUGCCAUUACUGUGAAUACUCUCUGGGCUGAGCGAGGCUGUUCCGACGUGACUGGAGACCCGGGGAGCAGAAGGACGGCUUUCCGGUGGAGAAGGAGGGGACAGACAAACGCAAGCGUUUUUUGAAGGAAGGAAAAAAAAAAAAGUAAGCAAAAAUAAUUUAUUUGCUCUUGUUUCUGGAGACCCGAGGAGAGGCUGUCUGUGUUCUCUGGGUUUUCCUGGGGCCGGCGUGCCUGUGACCCGGGGCUGCCGGGCUCGGGGGCAGGCAGGUCUGGAGGCUGAAGCCCCUGGCCUCCCUC